ACACCUUUGAGAUAAUGUUGUGACUUUCUAGCUAGUUUCAAUUUAUCACACUGUAGUUCAAGCAAUGAACGCAUGUGUAGAACAGUUCAACUAUGAUAAAGGUUGACCCAAUGAAGUUAUAUACGCUGGUUUGACCAGCAGGUGGAGAAAUGAUGACUAGUACCGAUAUGGCUGUUUCUCGCCGUUGCCUGGUAACGCAAAUACUGUCUGAAUGUCUUUCUGACAGUUUAGCUUUUUUGCUAGUUCAUCAGUUAGCUAUAUAUAUUUAUUGUGCUUAAGUGCUCAGUAAAUUCAGUUGCCCUUCACGAGGCCCACUCGAAUGUAUCCCUAGCUGUGCCAGUGAGGCUUUGGAUGAGGCCCAUUGAUUAUGCGCCAAGUGCCCUCAUUGAUGCUGGGGGUCUGAGCAACGCAUUAAUGAAGGGAUCCCACAUAAAUUGCAAAUCAUCAGAUGGGCGGGUCAUGGCCCAUGAAGAAGCAGAAACGUUUCCAACUCUUACGUUGGUUAAUGUAUCAGAAUGGGCUCUCCAAAACCCCCACCAAGGGAGGGUCCUCAAGACGCUAAGUAACAGUCAUUUUGCCAGAAAUGCCUCUCCAGCUCUUCUCUCCAGCCGGUCAAAAGCCCAACAGAGAGACCACAUCAAAUCGUUAGAACGUGAGGAUCUUCACUUUCCCCGGUUCAACUCUGUUGACCUAAGUCCUUGUGACAAGCAACACAAAAGAGUCAAGCUCAACACUGUUCAGAUGAGUCCUCUUGUCAGCUGCUCCAGUACAUCAUGGAGCUCUAAAUUCCUAGUGAUGUGGAUACCCAAUCCCCAAUACACCCCUCAGUGCCACACCCAAAAAAGGCCUAAAUCUCCCCAUAUAGCUGUCAAGGAGUUAAUUUUAUUUCCAUCCUCAAACACCUCAAACAUGAACCGAAAGAAUUCCAAGAAUAUGGGGAAGAUGGUGCAUUUCCAGCUGACACCGUUGUCACAGCCGAGAUGCGAGCAGGCUGUCGACCCCAGUGACCUUGCCCUGACCAAGUCUGGCACAGACACUGACCCCAAGACGGAGGAGGAGGAGGAGCCUGGCAACUUCCAGAAUCAGGAGCUCCUGACACUGGAGACUGGCCAAGAGACCCAGAGCCGGACUCAAACCAGCCCACAGCCCCCUUCAGUACCCCGCAGUCCUUUUCUCCUCAGGACCCAACCUGUGGUGUUCCACAGUGUCAGGGAGAAGACACAGAGACACACCCAUCAGGAAAACUCCACAUUCAAGUACAAACUGGACAGCAAGACAGGACGGGAGGACAUCGACUGGGAUAGUCUGAGAAGACGGACCUAUCUCUGGAGGAAGCCAAAUCUUCCCCUCCACUGUGACAGAGAGAAGCCCUGUUCCCCAGAGGCCAUGACCAUCACUAAGUCCUGUCAGCAGUGGAACAGCAUACCUAAGGCCACUUUCAAUCACCUCACCGGGAGUCCUCUGUCCCAUGGUAACAGACUGGAGCUCUGGGAUUCCUAUUGUGUUCAGGCCAGCAGGAUUUGUGCCCGGUUAUCACAGAGAGUCCAUGUUCGCUGGACCAUGUUCGCAGGUUGACAGUACCCCAAGGUCUACGAUCCCCAGAGAGGACAGGGAGGGGGGUCUGAGGACAAAGGCCACAGGGCCUGCGGGUCUGAGCCAGCCCCUCCACCCUCCAGUGUCAACUCCGAUACCAAUGGAGAUGGUUGAUUUGGACAAGGAAAGACUGACUCAAAAAUCCAGGAGUGAACCCUCUCAUGAGGCCUGUGAUGCCAUCCUCGUGUUCUAGAUAAACACAUUUG